UGGAACGAUUAAAUCUAAAUCUAAAGAAAAUAAUUUGAGAAUAUAAAAUAAUAAAAAUGGAAUAUUAGAAGUAAUACCUAAGGACUAUUUGCAAGUUUGUGUAAGAAGAUAAAUCUUCAUCAUACAUUAUAUUAUGUAUCGUAUUGCUAUUUGAAAAAAAACUUCGGAUUUCUGCAUGUGCAACUUGUAUAAUCAAAUUUACUCAUUAUUUCGUGUAUUCAUCUAUCAACGUAGUGUCAAAUACUAUUAAUUUAGAUUUCAUUAGAAAUAUCAAUAUAUCAUCAAUCACUUGUGAAUAUCCAGUCUUAUUCGUGAACAAGAAAACCGUCCGUGGAACGAGGAUCGUGCGUCUUCCAGAUUCAGUUUGUAUGUGAAAUUAGUUUUUGUUAUCAUUGACAAGUAAAUAGUGAAUAGGAGAAAAUGCGUGAAAUCAAAGGAAAAUAUAACGUGUGGAGUUAACGUUUUCAAUCUAAAAUCAAUGUGAACGUGGAAAUCGAUCGAAUAAUUUAAAAAAAGAUAUGAUUGAUGGACAUGAUAUGGAUUCGGAACAAGUGAUGGUCCCAUCUGAUCCAUCAGAAUGGAAUUCAAAUCAUAUCAAAUCAUGGAUUUCUUGGUGCAGCCGAACAUUUUCCAUAGAACCAAUAUCAAGUGUGAUCUUUCCAUCGACCGGCAAAGAAUUAUUGAAUCUGUCGUCAGACUACUGGCAGGAUAUACCUGGUGGCAAAAUUUUAGCGCGUCAUCUUGGCUAUCUACGAUUCCAGGCAACCGGUAUACAAACAUCAAGUUUGUUGCAAGAGGAAGAAAUCGAUGAGAGGUUCAGCCUCCUUCAACGAACUUGCUCGCUGAUUGGAUCGACAGCUGGAGCCGGCGGUUCCGGGGCGGUCGGAGGCGGACAGGUUCAACUCUGGCAAUUCCUGCUGGAGCUGCUUUCGGAUUCGUCAAAUUCAUCAUGCAUAGCGUGGGAGGGCUCCAACGGUGAAUUCAAGCUUACCGAUCCGGACGAAGUUGCUCGUAGAUGGGGCGAACGAAAGAGCAAACCGAACAUGAACUACGACAAAUUAUCACGAGCGCUCAGAUAUUAUUACGACAAGAAUAUUAUGACAAAAGUGCAUGGGAAACGAUACGCAUACAAAUUCGAUUUCCAUGGAUUGAUGAUGGCUUGUCAGGCCCAAGCUGGUGUUACAUUGGAGAUAUCUCCGUCGACUCGAGGUACGACUGUAAAUUGUCACCCUCAUUUAUAUGCCACAUCAAGUUCCCAACAUACAUCGGUAUCAGCAGCUCCACCGCCAGCACCACCGCCACCACCACCACCACAUUAUUGUUGGCCUUAUCAUCGGUACUCUCCGCCAACAUAACAUAAGGAGUUUGUUGCUUUUCAUUUUUAACAACGAGAAGAGCCUUUAUUGGCUAAAUUUAUUGUAUAUGCACUAUGCAAAAUUGUGCAUAAAAACAAUUUGUACAUUAAAUUAUUAUUUCCUGUAUAUCGUAAUUUAUUGAACAGUAAUAUGAGCAAUUUUUGUAGAUCUCUUGAUGAACAUUCAUCGAUGAAAAUAAGAAACUUACAAUUGUUCGAUUCUUAUCAAGUAAUGUCUGUAGUGUUUUAUUGUUACAAUUACUGUUGUUUUUUCUUGAUACAAAUAAAAAGUGUCUGUAUAUACAUACAUGCUGCAAUAUACAACAUACAAAUAAUACAAUGCAUAUGUAUAGUAGAUAUUUAAGUAUACAUCAGUAUACAUAGAUUUAGAUACAUAAGUAAAGCAAUAGUAUUCGAAAAUUGAA